AUGGACAACAGUGUUCUUGACACAUUAAUCUUAGAUUUAUAUGACAUCCAGGCCGUCAAGUUUGGAACGUUCACGCUGAAGAGCGGACUAUCUUCACCAAUAUAUUUCGACCUUAGAGUUAUUGUUUCCCAGCCUUCUCUUAUGAAUCAGGUGUCCAGGCUGUUGUGUCAGCGCGCUGAAGAUGCCGGAGUGAAAUUUGACUGCGUGUGUGGCGUUCCUUACACGGCUCUGCCACUGGCAACGAUUAUGUGUUCAGAGAAAGGGUUUCCUAUGCUGAUCCGAAGAAAGGAGGUCAAGGAGUAUGGGACCAAAAGGCUGAUAGAGGGUACGGUCCGGCCUGGAGAGACAUGUCUAAUCGUGGAGGAUGUGGUGACCAGUGGGGGUAGCGUUUUGGAGACCGCCCAGGUUCUUCAGAGGGAGGGUCUCCGGAUUACAGAUGCAGUUGUGUUAAUGGAUAGGGAACAGGGAGGGGGUGCCAGGCUAGCCGAAGACGGCAUUACUCUACAUCCUGUCAUCUCCAUCUCAAAACUCCUGGAUGUUCUGGUAAAAGCAGGUAGAAUAGACACAGACACUGCUCAGAGAGUCCAUGGGUUCAUCCGAGAGAACAAUACCUUUAGACCAACCACGGAGAACGGUUCUUCAGCUGCGAAGAGAGUUUGUAAAGAACUGAGCUAUACUGCCCGUGCUGAGCUGCCUCACGUCCAUCCAUUGGCUGCCCGGCUUCUCCGAAUCAUGGAGGAAAAGACGACCAACUUGUGUGUGUCAGCAGAUGUGACAAACUCUGAAGAGCUUCUGCAUCUGGCCAACUGCCUGGGCCCAAAGAUCUGUAUCCUGAAGACUCAUGUAGACAUCCUGCAGGACUUCACACCAUCUGUGGCUAGCAAACUGAGGGAGCUGGCCGACAAACACCGUUUCCUCAUCUUUGAAGAUCGCAAGUUUGCAGACAUUGGAAACACAGUUAAACACCAGUAUGAGGGAGGGCUUUAUCAGAUCUCCUCUUGGGCGCACUUAAUUAACGCCCAUGCAGUGCCAGGGCCUGGAGUCGUCAAAGGGCUAGGCGCGGUUGGCAAGCCUUUGGGUCGGGGCUGCUUGCUCAUCGCGGAAAUGAGCUCACAAGGUUCCUUAGCAACUGGAAGCUACACACAAGCUGUGUGGAAAAUGGCAGAGGAUCAUUCAGACUUUGUGUUUGGUUUCAUCUGUGGUUCUAAGAUCAGUGAUAAGCCUGAGUUUGUACACAUGACACCAGGAGUCCAGAUGCAGUCAGGAGGGGAUGACCUUGGGCAACAGUAUUCGAGUCCAUACAGCGUGAUCUACUGUAAAGGUUCUGAUGUGAUCAUUGUUGGGCGAGGUAUUCUGUCCAGUUCAGACAGAGUAGCGGCUGCAGAGGAGUACAGAUGUGCAGGGUGGGAAGCCUACAUGAAGAGGCUGUCUGAAUCCAACCAGUGAGAGCUGAGGACCUGUACUCCAGAGCUGUGCAGUUUGGUGCACUGUUGACCAGCCAUGCUCUUGGACAUUCUAACUGUUUAAUGACUGAUUUCAGCGGUUAGCCUUUCCAAGCCUUUACUGAUGUGUGAUAUGACACUGCGUUCUCGAUUGUUCCAUGUGAAGUGUGCAUCCAGGUGAUAUGGUGCUGCGCUGAGAUCCGGCUGGAAGCACAGCUCUCGGGGAUCCGCUGGUCAUGCCUGGACUGUUUUUUUUAUGAGUGAUGAUUCCCUCCAGUCCGUUACUGAGCUUGCAGGAGAUGACUUUAACCCUAACCCUUUAACUUGUCUUGAGGAUAAAUUCCAGUUUGAAUAUUCCAUCCAUGUCUGCUUUCUCUUGC